AUAGCGUUGACAGCCCACGACGCUGAGUCCCUGGCGUUCCCCCCUCGCCGUAGUUUUCUUUUCUUUGCAAACCUAACAGCGUGACAGUGCGUAGAAGGAAGAAUUCCCUGCCGUAGUUCCUGGAUUAACUUCAGUCUCAGGCAGUCACAGCUGGAGCAACUGAGUCCUGCUGCGGCUUAACUAGUCUUCAUUCGUUUCGUAACAACCGAAAGUGAAACAGGACUGGGCGGGCUCUGGGGAGAACGUGAUUUGCUGUCAUUGGUGGCAGCUCUCCACUGAUGCUUUCUCUGCAGACACGUUCCCAAACUCGUCCUCAAAAGAACUUUUCUGAUGUAGCUAAUCUGCUUCUGAUUUGAGUGAUGUCCCAGCAGGCACCAUGCUGGUGAUGGCCUGGCCACCAUGGAACUCUAUUGGAGCACGGCACUGGCUAGGGACUCAGAAAACACACCUGAGAAGAAUUUGUCUCCACUACCAGCAGUAUCUGAAGAGACAUUUUCUCAGAUUUUUAAAUAAUGCGACUGGAAUAACCAUCUUCAUUCUUUGCUGCAUCAGUGCAUAUCUACCAGGAAUAGAAGCUGAAAGAAGAAGGUGGGAGGCAGUUAUAGAUGAUUUGAAUGAGAUUAAGUACACAUCUGAUAGCAUUGAUGCCUGUUUAUACACUGCAUAUACAGACAAGCCAGAUGAGUGCGAAGUACAAGUGAUGGAAUGCUUUUUGUUAGAGCUGAAAGUGAUUUCCCAUGAAUGUGAAAUCAGAAAAGGAUGUAAAAUCAAACAGCACGUGCGGAAUGUGCUGGCAAAUGUAAAGGCAAAUUUACCAAAGAAUACAAGUUUACUGAACAGUCCGAACAGGAAUAAAAUAACAUGCAAACAAUGUGAAGAGUACGAAGAAAGAAAUUUUAUUAAAUUUAUAGAGACUUUCGAAGAGUUUGCAAAACACAAACUGAAAUUUUUACCGCACGUUCCUAAAUAGGCUUUCUUUUUGAAAGUGCUUAAGGGAAACUCCAUAAACUUUGCCGGCACUUCAAGCAAUAUAAUCAUUGGAUGGAUGGAGAGACAGACUGUUCGGCUAUUUUAAGAACUUUGUAAGACAGAAAGGCAGAAAAAACAAAAUACAGCAAAGAAUAAUCUGAACUAUGAACUGCGCCACAGACUAUUUUGCCUUUUUAUUUUUAAUUUACUACUUUCUCUGGGAAGCUAUUAAAAUGUAAAAUUAUGUGUAUUUUAUAAGCAUUUUAGAUAAAUAUUUGCUCUUUGCAUGUCUCAAUAAUUGACUACUACUUAGAAAACAUAGUAACUUGUACUGCAAAUAUUUUAUUUUCCAGGAAAGUUUAACUGGUGUAAAUGGAAUGAGAAUAUAUAUAUAUAUAUAAGAUCACUGACUAGUAUGUGUUUGGAGUCCUCCUCUGUGCCCAAUCCCCACAGGAUCAGAGUCUGUCUCAGUCCCCAACUACGGAACCUGGCUUUUUAGCUCAGGCUAUGCAGUCUCAUGCUUUAAUGUCUGGAGAGCCUUAUUUCAGUUCCCUGCUGAGAGCCCAGAUAGCAAUCACCACAUGUGUAAAGUCAUGGGAAACAGUAGCUCACAUAGCUCUGACUGUAACAAACAGGGUUCUGAUCCUGCAAGUUGCCCCAUGUGAACAGACCCCUGUGGCCAAGUAAUACCCCACUGAUUUCAGUGAGGCUCUACCUAGUUACAGCACUCUGCUUUCAUAGAACAGCUUACAAAAUCAGGGCCUACGUGUGUGGAAACCAGAGUCUGGAUUAUCAAAAAAAUGCAGGCCUGAAAGAGGCAGUUGUGCAGCUGUAAAUUCAAACUGCCUGAAUUUGUCUACUUUUUUAUAACUUUCAUUGAUGAAGUGAAUAAAAUGGAUACACACAAUAAUGCAGUACAGUGAAAAUGCAGUGAUGGUAAAACAUUUUAGGAAUUGUUCUAACAGGAAACAGCCGUCCCCGUCAAAGAAUAGAAUGAAAAGAUGAAGGAGAAUUAAGUUACCAAAAGCUGAUACUUAAUUUCACAAGCAUCUACCCUAGUCAAAUUUUA